GCCGUGAAACCCCUGUGAAGACUACAUUUCCCGGCACGCAGUGCGCGCAGCAGUGACAGCAGAGUGGGGAGAGAUCAUCAUGUCGGCUGUGAGGGGUGCAGGUGCAUUGCUAGUUUGAUGCAGGUCUUUUAGGAGUUCAGACUUUGUUUUGAACAUCACCCAGAAACAAUAUGGCAGACACUAAGCCUCUUUAUCAAACCCGAUUUGAAGCAGCUGUCAGUGUAAUACAAAGUCUGCCCAAAAAUGGGUCAUUUCAGCCCUCAAAUGAAAUGAUGCUGAAAUUCUACAGCUUUUAUAAACAAGCAACCUUAGGACCCUGUAAUACUUCCAAACCUCAGUUUUGGGAUCCAGUUGGACGAUAUAAAUGGGAUGCUUGGAGCGCUCUAGGUGACAUGUCUAAAGAAGAUGCCAUGAUUGCAUAUGUGGAGGAAAUGAAAAAGAUCCUUGAGACCAUUCCAAUGACGGAGAAAGUGGAAGAAUUACUUCAAGUCAUAGGUCCAUUUUAUGAACUAGUGGACGACAAAAAACAUGGCAGAGGAUCUGGUGUAUCAUCAGUACGGCUGGACAAAGUUACUAAAUCUCUAGAAGAGCUCAGCAGUGCCCUGACCUCUACACCAAAUUUUAAGGCUGUUAAUGGUAAGACAGAAAGUAGUGACAGUGGAGCAGAGUCGCAAGAAGAAGGUACAGCAAGGCAUGAAAGCGAUGAUGAAGAAGGAGAAGAAGAAGAAGAAGAAGAAAGUGAAAAGGGUAUUUUAAAAGAACAGGAACAGGAUUCAGCAGUUCAAACAACCCCAAAGACAGCUGUUGCUAAUGGCUUACUGAUGAAUCACAGCGACUACAUUUCAGAUAUGGCCAAUUACACCCCUACUAAAUCUUCUCUUAAUGAGGCCAACGAUGAGAUGGAUGUAAAUGAAAAGAAACUUGAUGCAGUGGAUGUUGAAGGUCCUCUAGAAAGAGGCGACGAAGAGGAUUGCCCAGAUGAUCUUGUUGCAAUGCAACAUUUGACAAGUGAUUCGGACAGUGAGAUUUUCUGUGAUUCUAUGGAGCAGUUUGGACAAGAAGAGGUGGAUCACAGUCAGCUGCUGGAGGAUGCCAUGUUAUCAGACGAUGCUAUGGAAACUUCAGCUGGCGAUGCAAAGAAAUAUGGAGGGGAUGAUAAACACCCAUCUAGUCGCACACCUCAAAGAGAAAAAUUUGGAAGUGAAAAGUCUGGUUAUACUAGUUCCAGACGAGGAAAAGUUAGUCAUACGAAUCGUAUGGGUGACGGUUUUCGAGGAGGUCAGAUGGAUAGCGGUGGAGAUGGAGAACAUUGGGGAUCAGAGAGAAGUCCAAGUGACAGUCUGACUGAACAGAUUAAUGUGGUCCUGAUGCGGUUGCAGGAGGAUAUGCAGAAUGUUCUUCAAAGGCUCCAUACCCUAGAGUCCCUCACUGCCUCGCAGGCUAAGUCAUUGGCUGUUGAGUCAAGUUAUAGAAAGCCUGCGAAAAAGAGACCAUCUUGGUGGCCCUUUGGCAUUUCUCCAGGAACAGCAGCAUUUGCAAUCAUAUGGCCAUUUGUUGCUCAUUGGCUAAUGAACGCGUAUCUUCAAAGAAAAAGAAGGAAGUUGACCUGAUCAUGUGAGUUAAAGCUCUUCAGGCUGAAAGAUCAGCAGAGAUGUGCUGCAAUCGUCUUAACGUGGAUCGCAGAGGCUCGGACAUGUUCAGUUUGCUAUAGUAAAUUCAUUGCACUACAUGAAUAACAAAAUUAAGGACUAAUUUUUACUAAGGCUUGGAAACCAGGAAUAAUAAACCAUGUUGGCUGUAGUAUUAAGAGUUACUUUUACCAUGUAUGGAGACUAAAUUAUUUUUAAAAAUAUUGAAAGCAUGUAAUAGAUGUAAUAUAAUUUUGCAAAAAAAAUAUCCAGGACGAUGCAAUUGUAACAGAUGUACAAAUAAAAUCAGUUUGACAGGAUUGUAGGAAAUGGAGAAUGUUUCCUUGUGUUAAUUUUUUUAUUACUAUUAUAAAUAAAACUUACCUGAAAUGAA